UGCACUAUUUCAGGUGUUUAAAUAUAAUCUGGUGCAGUAUUUCAGAUGUUUAAAUCUAAUCUGGUGCAGUAUUUCAGAUGUUUAUAUCUAAUCUGGUGCAGUAUUUGGGAUGUUUAAAUCUAAUCUGGUGCAGUAUUUCAGAUGUUUAAAUUUAAUGUGGUGCACUAUUUGGGAUGUUUAAAUCUAAUCUGGUGCACUAUUUGGGAUGUUUAAAUCUAAUCUGGUGCAGUAUUUCAGAUGUUUAAAUCUAAUCUGGUGCAUUAUUUGGGAUGUUUAAAUCUAAUCUGGUGCAGUAUUUCAGGUGUUUAAAUCUAAUCUGGUGCACUAUUUCAGGUGUUUAAAUAUAAUCUGGUGCAGUAUUUCAGAUGUUUAUAUCUAAUCUGGUGCAGUAUUUGGGAUGUUUAAAUCUAAUCUGGUGCACUAUUUGGGAUGUUUAAAUCUAAUCUGGUGCAGUAUUUGGGAUGUGUAAAUCUAAUCUGGUGCACUAUUUGGGAUGUUUAAAUCUAAUCUGGUGCAGUAUUUGGGAUGUGUAAAUCUAAUCUGGUGCAGUAUUUCAGAUGUUUAAAUCUAAUCUGGUGCACUAUUUCAGAUGUUUAAAUCUAAUCUGGCACACUUAUUUCAGCUAUAUAGACAUAAUCUACAUUAUGCUUUCUGAUGUGAAAAUAAAAUGUAGGCCAAUAAUUUAGGCAUAAGAUGGAACACUAUAUCGGAUGUAGAAUGUGGUGCAAUGUUAAACAUGAUUAGGUAGAACACGGUGUAAACUUUAUGUAUUCAUGUUAUCAUAUAAAAAUAAUAUUACCUUUCUCUCGAAUAUUCUACCAGGUUUCCCGACAGAGAAGAAUACGCAGGGAAUGAGGCCAAACUCAACCGAGAAAUACGUCUCUCAGCACCUCCAUUUCCCCCAAAACAAACAAGUAUUAUCUUAACGUACAGAGGAACACAUUCUUAUAAAGUGUGACAACAUGGAAUUUUUUGUUAAUAACACCAACAUCAGUUUAUUCUACUUUUAUGAGAACGCAGUUGACUAUAACUUAACGGAAAUAUUGAAUAACCUGACGACCCCAAACGAAUCCCAAACGGUGGACUCAACAGAAACAGAAAACACCGUCUGGAACGGGUCGCCUUACCCUAGUGGUUAUUCGUUUCUUCAUAUCAUACUUACUGCUUUAUUCGUCACGUGCAUUAUGGUUGUCAUUGUCGUUGGAAACAUGCUUGUUUGCAUAGCAAUCGCUACAGAGAAGACGUUAAAAACCAUACAGAACUGGUUCAUAGCUUCCCUGGCGGUUUCCGAUUUUUUGGUUGGAUUAAUUAUCAUGCCAUUUUCUCUCGCCAACGAGCUCAUGGGAUACUGGAUAUUCGGUACGGUUUGGUGCGACAUUCACGCUGCUCUGGAUGUUCUUCUAUGCACAGCAUCAAUAAACAACUUGUGUCUGAUUAGUCUCGACAGAUACUGGUCCGUGACCCACGCCGUGGAGUAUCUCAAGAAACGAACCCCUUCUAGAGCCAUGGGAAUGAUUUGUUUCGUCUGGCUUCUGUCGGCAUUAAUAUCGCUACCCCCACUCGUGGGCUGGAAGAAACCAGACGAACCGUCCAUUUAUCCGGUGUGUAACGUCAGUGAGGAUAUUGGGUAUGUCUUGUAUUCGGCCCUCGGAUCGUUUUAUGUUCCCGCUAUCGUUAUGGUCUUUGUCUACAUUCGGAUAUUUAUUGCAGCAAGGUCUCGAGCGAGAAGGCACGUGAAGAAGAAACAGCAACCGCUCGAGUUGACUACUGGCCCUGGUAGAGAUAAGUCUACAACCACAACCGCGACAACAACAUGCACUAGCCUCAGUCAGCCUAGUCCUCCUGAUAAGGGGAGUCUCGAAUUUAAGGUGAAUGGUAGUGGCAGUUAUCACGUGAAACCGACUUCCCGCUUAACAUCGACACCGCAAAUUAUAAUUGAGACAUCGGCAGAAGCUUACGGCGAGUCUGACGUGGAAGCAUCGGAACAGCUAAGAGAGGAAUGUACACCUAAAGUCUACGAAACGAGUAGCUUGGAGAAUAAAAGCUCUUCGAGAAAUAAUGGUAAUACCCACGCCAAAGUCAACACUAGCGAAACAAGCCCCUCCCAGCCAGAAUCGACAAUAAAAUCCUCACUUUUGAGCGCUCCCAGACUGAUAAGAAGUUUUGGAUCGACACUUUCUUUAGCAAACUUCGACAGGGAGGAAGAUUCCUAUGAUGCAGAAAGUGGUUUGAAGAAAGGGAAGGGGAAGAAAGUAACCUACCUACACCAACCGUUGUCACGGUCCCACACAGCUUCUGACACGGAGAGACAGAAACGAAAAAUUGCCAAAGCGAGAGAACGCCGUGCUACUCUGAUCUUAGGCAUAAUUAUGACUUCUUUCAUAUUGGCAUGGUUACCGUUUUUCCUUAUUUACGUUUUAGCCGCGAUUUGUAACAGCUGUCAUAUCGAGAACACGUGGUUUGCCGUGGCGUUUUGGCUAGGAUACUGCAACUCUGCCUUAAACCCUAUCAUUUACACCAUUUUUAACAGGGACUUUCGAAAAGCGUUUCGUAAGAUUCUCUUUAAAUAGUUAAACGCAGAAUCAAAUCACUGCUGGGAAACAUACUGUUACCAAAAGUCUUCCAAUCUAGCAAGAAGAAA